AUAUAAUAUCAUUGUUCUUAGUUAAAAUUUUAUAUUAAAACAUUUACUUGGUUAUAAAACUUAUUCUUGAAAUUUAUAAAUCAUGGGAAUUAUAAGAUCUAAACUAAUGAGACCACUAAAAACGUAUAAUGUUGGGCAUAGAGCGGAAAAAGUUAUUAGUCAAGAAAAACCUAAAUCUGCACCUUAUUAUCCUUCAGUGUAUGAACAAAUCAAAGUGGCUAAAGAAGCUAGUCCCAACUUCAUAAAAGAACAUUAUAAAAAAGAUUCAGAGCUUUAUGAACGAUUAAAGGGCGUUUUUGUAACGUCAAAUAUGACAGAAAAUCCUAAAAUUAAACAAAAAGAAAAAAAAACUCUUCCUUUUUCCACGAUAACUCCAGAUGCUUUUGAAUUUGGAUUUUGGGAACCUAAAGAAGUUUCAGAAAGAAAAUGCAAUUUAAGAAAUGUGAUAGUAAUGUUAGCUGAUCAUAUAACCAACAAGGAGCAAAACAGUGCUGAAAUAUUGGCAGAAAAAUAUAAAUUAGACCUCAAAGAUGUUGAAAACCUUUUAGAAUAUUAUAGGGUUCUCCAAAUAUUUGAACCAAAACGAGAACGAGGUAUUCGUGAAGAAGACAUGUCACUUCCAAAAAUGAAUGAAAAAGGAAUAUUAAUAUGGAAAUCAAUGGAUCAAGUAAACAAGUGGAGAGAAGAAGAUGAAAAGGAAAUUGAAAAAAAAAGAAAGGAAGAAAUUAAAAAUGAGGAUCAAUCAAAAUUAUCUCAAGUAGAUAAGCAAACUGAAUCGCCUCAUAAAGACAAGAAAACAGAAUCAUCUCAUAGAGAUAUAGAAACGGAAUUAUCCAAAAUAGAUAAACAAAAAGAAUUACCUAAAUAAUGAAGACUUUUAGGAAUAUUAAAUCAUUUUAUUUAUUAUAAUUAUUUUCAAAAAAGUAUUGUAAAUAUUUAUUCUUAAGAUGAUGAAGUUGUG